AACCGACAAUACUACGACUAUUACUGCCAUGAUUAUAACUGCUAUACUGUGACUGUUGUGUUACUCCUACUUCUACUGACUCUACAGUAUCUUUCUGCCUGUCUGUCUGUCUGUCUGCCUGUCUUGACUUACACCUCUGAACACCAACACCCAUCCCUUACUCACCUGGUCAUCAUGGCGACCUCCCCUCCCUUUCACAAUGCGUCCAUCGGAGCGUCUCAGUGAAACUUGAGCAGGCGUGGUGGCUCGUGGUCACCUGAGCCGAGCGGCUGCUGAAUGUUUGAUAGAGUCUGUCAGAGAUCCUCUCUGCCACAGUUGGACCACAAACACCUGAACAGGUAGACAGCAGGUAGACGCUUUGUCAGGACGUUCUGAGGCUUCAACAGGCUUCAACAGGCAGGUGAUGGUGUCAGGAUGUCUGACGGGAGGCAGCGAACUUUGUCCACCUCUGGAGAGUCUCUGUAUCAGGUCCUGGCUCUGGAGAAAGGCUGCAGCCAUGACGACAUCAAGAAGUCCUACAGGAAGCUGGCGUUGCGGUACCAUCCUGAUAAGAACCCGGAUAACCCGGAGGCGGCAGAGAAGUUUAAGGAGCUGAACAGCGCUCACGCCGUCCUGUCCGACCUCACCAAGAGGAACAUCUACGACUCAUAUGGGUCUCUGGGACUCUACGUGGCCCAGCAAUUCGGAGAGGACAACGUCAACACAUACUUCAUGCUCUCCACCUGGUGGGCCAAGGGUCUGUUUGUGGUCUGUGGGCUCCUGACCGGAUGUUACUGCUGCUGCUGUCUCUGCUGCUGCUGUAACUGUUGCUGUGGGAAACUCAAGCCGACGCCCACAGAUGAGGGGGCGGAGCCAGACUAUGUCUCCCCCGACGACCUGGAGGAGGAGAUACGCAACGAUCCAGACAAAGACGUUGAAACUCCGAUCGUUCAGCAGCCGACGAACGCCAGCGAGAAAACUCAGCUGAUCACUGACGGACACCGCAGAUAUGGAGACACCUACACAUGAAGCUGAUGGGAAACAGGAAACGCAUCACUGCUUUAAUGAUCCUUCUGAAACAGUCAUUUAUCAGCUGAGACCCGAACCUGAGGGGUCGCUGCAGGUGGAUCAGCUCACUGCAUCAAUACAAACUACAAACACAUUAAAUCAACAAACUGCAACAAACUGCUAGAACAAAAGUAGAAAUUCAAAACUGAAUUAGUGGAUUUGAUGUUGAAGCAACAGUCUGAUAUUUAGUCAAAUUCUCUCCUCUCAGUUUCAGAUGUUUCAGAUGAAUAUUUCAUGUUUCAUUCCCGUGCGUCCAGUACAGAAAUACAAUAAUAAUGAUAAGACGGUGUAGUCCCUCAUUCGUCCAGGAGCGGUCCAUCGU